AUGGCAGCCAAACCCACCUGUGGGAAUAAGCAUCUAUCACCAGAGGGUAUGAAACUGACGUUCCAUAUCCGUUUGCAGGGGAAUACAAGCUUGCUUUGCAGUAAAUCUGAACUGUGCCAGCUAGGCGCAGGAAUAAAUGAAGCAGGAAUCCAUCCGGGUCAAUUGGCCGCUCUUGUCGGAUCUAGCGCCUCCGGAAAAUCAACCAUUAUCUUACUGAUCGAACGCGUGUACACGCCCACAUCUGGUACAAUCGAAACCGUGCUCUUCGACGGGACGAUCCGAUUUAAUCUGGAACUUGGUGCGCGGCCCGGACAGAUCGCAACACAAGCAGAUAUCGAAGAGGCAUGUAGGCUAGUCAAUGUUCAUGAGGCAAUCAUGGGGCUUUUGGAUGGAUAUGAAACCGCUUGUGGGCCGAAUGGGGACUGGUUGGAGAAGGCGGCUCGCAAUAUCACUGUGAUUGCAAUCGCGCAUCGGAUCUAUACGAUCUGGAAGGCGGAUGUGAUCUUCCUUAUUGAGGAGGGAAGAUAUAUCGAGAAGGGAGCACAUACAGAGCUGAGUGAGUAG